AACUUUCGUCUAAGUCCUGCUGAUAUCUCGAUUUUUUCUUUGUCUACACGCGGCACUGUGUUUGUUGUAAGAGCUCUGAGUACAACAGUCGCGGUGGAAGAGACGCCGGGGAAGAAGAAGAUGGUGAAAGGGAUUAGGGUUUACGAGCAUGGCGGUCCUGAGGUUCUGAAAUGGGAAGAUGUGGAAGUUGGGGAACCAAAGGAGGGAAAGGUGUUUACAAGCCAGCUUCAAUGCCCUUCACACCAGGUAUGGAGGCUGUUGGAGAGGUGGUAGCUGUUGGGUCGGGAUUGACUGGCAGAAUGAUCGGUGAUCUCGUUGCUUACGCUGGAAAUCCGAUGGGUGCGUAUGCUGAGGAACAAAUCCUUCCAGCGGAUAAAGUGGUUCCUGUUCCUUCAUCUAUUGAUCCUAUCGUUGCAGCAUCAAUCAUGCUCAAGGGUAUGACUGCACAGUUUCUCCUUCGCCGUUGCUUCAAGGUCGAACGUGGGCACACAAUCCUUGUUCAUGCUGCAGCUGGUGGAGUUGGGUCUCUGUUGUGUCAGUGGGCAAAUGCGCUUGGAGCUACUGUCAUUGGAACUGUCUCGACCAAUGAGAAAGCAGCUCAAGCCAAAGAAGAUGGAUGUCACCAUGUUAUUAUGUACAAGAACGAGGAUUUCGUUUCCCGGGUCAAUGACAUUACAUCGGGUAAAGGAGUCAAUGUUGUUUAUGACUCUGUGGGAAAAGACACCUUUAAGGGAUCAUUAGCAUGUUUAAAGAGCCGGGGAUACAUGGUGAGCUUUGGACAAUCCUCGGGAUCUCCAGAUCCGAUUCCAUUAUCUGAUCUUGCUCCAAAAUCUCUCUUCUUGACAAGACCUUCCAUGAUGCAAUACAAUGAAACUCGGGACGAGCUCUUGGAAUGUGCAGGAGAGGUUUUCGCCAAUGUUACAUCCGGCAUCUUAAAGGCUCGUGUGAAUCACAAGUACCCGUUGUCUCGAGUCGCUGAUGCCCACGCAGAUCUUGAGAAUAGGAUCACCUCUGGCUCCGUUGUGCUCUUGCCUUGAAAACAUAUACAAUGAUGUUAGUAUCUCUUUCAAUAAGGGAAAUGAGAUUCCUUUGUGAUGGAAAAAUACUAAAUGUACCUUUUGGACCUGAAUGACAAUUUGAGAAUACAUUUAUGAUUAUCCU